CGCGCAUAAAAGGAGCCCCUCCCCUCCCGUCCCCAAAAAUUCGAGCCCUCCUCCAUCUCUCGCCUCCUCUUGAUACAAGCUCGACCCUGAUAGAUCUCAUAGAUCAUAGCUGAGAGGGGAUCGAGUGGCUUGAUCUUGGAAGUGAGCAGCUAUAGCUAGAUAGGUUUUGCUUGUGCAGGGAGGUGUGUGUUGUGUGUGGGUGACUGCCGGAGACGAUGGUUCUGUCGAACCCGGCGAUGCUGCCGCCGGGGUUCCGGUUCCACCCGACGGACGAGGAGCUGAUCGUGCACUACCUCCGCAACCGGGCCGCCUCCUCGCCGUGCCCCGUCUCCAUCAUCGCCGACGUCGACAUCUACAAGUUCGAUCCGUGGGACCUCCCAUCCAAGGAGAAUUACGGGGACAGGGAGUGGUACUUCUUCAGCCCGAGGGACCGCAAGUACCCGAACGGGAUCCGGCCGAACCGCGCCGCGGGCUCCGGCUACUGGAAGGCCACCGGCACCGACAAGCCCAUCCACAGCAGCGGCGGCGCGGCGACCAACGAGAGCGUCGGCGUCAAGAAGGCGCUCGUCUUCUACAAGGGCCGCCCGCCCAAGGGCACCAAGACCAACUGGAUCAUGCACGAGUACCGCCUCGCCGCCGCAGACGCCCACGCCGCCAACACCUACCGCCCCAUGAAGUUCCGCAACACCUCCAUGAGGCUGGAUGACUGGGUGCUGUGCCGGAUCUACAAGAAGAGCAGCCACGCGUCGCCGCUGGCCGUGCCGCCGCUCUCCGACCACGAGCAGGACGAGCCGUGCGCCCUGGAGGAGAACGCGCCGCUGUACGCGCCGUCGUCGUCGAGCGCCGCAUCCAUGAUCUUGCAGGGCGCUGCCGCCGGCGCCUUCCCGUCGCUGCACGCCGCCGCCGCCGCUACGCAGAGGACGGCGAUGCAGAAGAUCCCUUCCAUUUCCGACCUGCUCAACGAGUACUCGCUGUCGCAGCUCUUCGACGACGGCGGCGCCGCCGCCGCCGCCCCCCUGCAGGAGAUGGCGAGGCAGCCCGACCACCACCACCACCAACAACAACAACACGCCCUCUUUGGCCACCCCGUCAUGAACCAUUUCAUCGCGAACAACAGCAUGGUUCAGCUCGCGCACCUGGACCCGUCCUCCUCUGCGGCCGCCUCGACGUCGGCAGGCGCCGUCGUCGAGCCGCCGGCCGUCACCGGGAAGCGCAAGAGAUCAUCGGACGGAGGCGAGCCGACGAUCCAGGCGCUGCCUCCUGCUGCCGCGGCGGCCAAGAAGCCGAACGGUUCAUGCGUUGGUGCAACUUUCCAAAUAGGCAGCGCCUUGCAGGGAUCGUCACUGGGACUGAGCCACCAGAUGCUGCUCCACUCUAACAUGGGGAUGAACUGAUAGCUCGUUCUUCGUACAUAAUACCACAGCCUGAUUAAACACUGAACAUAAUUGCACAUGGCGAAUUGAUGAUUUGAACAGUGAGGUCUAUUUCGAAAGCAAAUAGGUCCAAAACGAUAGAUUUAAAUAGUAAAUAUAUUGGGAAAGAAAUUGUACUUAAUUUGUACUUGUGUGGACUAGCUAGGUCGUCCGAUCAUGCAUAGCUAUAUAGUUUGUGGUGUGUAUACAUUUUUUCUCAUGGUACUAUACUACUGUGUACUCAAGCUAGCUCAGUACUAAAGAUUAAUUAAGCUAGAUAGGGGUUGAUAAGACUUUGAGAUAGACCCACUAGAAGUCUGGAACAUGAGAUCAAGGAGAAUGAUGUCAAGAUCAUAAAGCCGGAUUUAUAGCUCAUAUUCAUGUAAAUCAAUCAAUAAGUGAUUCUUUAAUGGCAGCCACUCAUUUUUUUCAA